AUGAACUCGUUCGUGAACGACAUUUUCGAGCGUAUUGCUGCCGAGUCUAGCCGUCUUGCGCACUACAACAAGCGGUCUACGAUCACUAGCAGAGAGAUCCAGACUGCCGUUCGUCUGCUUUUGCCCGGUGAGCUUGCAAAGCAUGCGGUUUCUGAGGGGACGAAGGCAGUGACGAAGUACACGAGCACCAAGUAG